UGACCCUCUUUUCUCAUCAGUUGCUCACAUUAUUAGUCAACAAAGAAUAACUAGUAUCCAUGUGGCUUUCUUGGCACACGUCUCUGAUCUGCACGUGAUGUUUUGUGCAUCAGGCACUGUAUGAGUGUGUGUAUCUGCAAUGACUAAUAAAGUCAUGUGGCUGAGUGGCCAAAGCGUGGCAGUCUAAUGGCACUCACGGAGAUAUCAUAGCUUUUUAUAUUGCAGAUUUUGUGGAAUCUCAGUAUUCUGCUGCACCUCUGACAGUCUCAACAGGACACAGAUAUGCAAAAGCAUGUAAGCAUUACCUCAGUGGUGGGAAAAUCCUCCUUCACCAACAGAUACGUGAAUCACCGCUUCACCAACAUGUAUCGGGCCACUAUAGGGACUGACUUCCUCUCCAAAACAAUCAACACAGAUGGGGACACAGUCACCCUGCAGAUCUGGGACACAGCAGGUACAGAGAGGUUCCAGUCUCUGGGCACGCCUCUGUACAGAGGAGCCCACUGCUGCAUGCUGGUGUUUGAUGUCACAUCCAGAGCUAGUUUCUCUGCCCUGGAGGGCUGGAGGAAGGAGUUUCUGAUCCAAGGCGAGCCUGAGGACCCAUCUGACUUCCCCUUCAUUGUACUGGGCAACAAGACUGACCUGAGCAACCGGGAGGUGUCUGGCAGGCAGGCCCUGCAGUGGUGUGAAGAGAUAGGAGCCGAAUACUUCGAGGGAAGCGCUAAAGAGGAUCUAGAUGUGGAAAAGCCGUUCUUGAGAGCGGCUCAGAGCGGCUUACAACAGGGCAAAAUGAAGCACAACCGUGCCACGGAGCUUCCAGAGGAUUUCUGGAUCCCCGUCGCUCUGGACACGGACAACAUCACGUCUCUGAGCCCCUUCCUGGUCCCCCAGGACCAUCUAGCAAGCCCAGGCACCUUCCAUGCAAUGGCCGUAUACAUGUUUUUUAUAUUUACUGUGGGCACUGCCAUCAAUCUGCUCACAGUUGCAUGCACCAUCCAAUACAAGAAGCUCCGGUCCCACCUCAACUACAUCCUGGUGAACAUGGCUAUGGCAAACCUUCUCGUGUCCGUUGUGGGCUCCUUCACUGGCUUUUGCUCCUUUGCGUCCAGAUAUUUCGUCUUCGGCCCACUAGCAUGCAAGAUUGAAGGUUUUAUGGUAACGCUUGGUGGUAUGGUAGGCCUUUGGUCUCUUGCUGUGGUAGCUUUUGAAAGAUGGCUGGUCAUCUGUAAGCCACUCGGUAACUUUAUUUUCAAGCCUGACCAUGCUUUAGCCUGCUGCUUAUUCACGUGGGUGUUUGCACUGAUUGCCUCAGUUCCUCCACUGGUCGGAUGGAGCAGGUAUAUCCCAGAAGGCCUGCAGUGCUCCUGUGGUCCAGACUGGUACACCACAAACAACAAAUACAACAAUGAAUCCUACGUGAUGUUCCUUUUCUGCUUCUGCUUUGCUGUUCCCCUCACCACCAUUAUCUUCUGCUAUGGUCAGCUCCUCAUUACACUGAAAAUGGCAGCAAAGGCCCAAGCUGAGUCUGUCUCCACCCAGAAGGCAGAGAAGGAGGUGACCAGGAUGGUGGUCGUCAUGGUGCUGGGCUUCUUGGUGUGCUGGUCACCUUACACCACCUUUGCUCUUUGGGUUGUCAACAAUCGUGGGCAGCCUUUUGACCUGAGAUUCGCUACUAUACCGGCCAUCUUUGCUAAGUCCUCUGCAGUCUACAACCCAGUUAUCUAUGUUCUCCUCAAUAAACAGUUCCGUUCAUGCAUGAUGAAGAUGCUGGGGAUGGGUGGAGGUGAGGAUGAAGAGUCGUCGACACAGUCAGUGACCGAAGUCUCUAAAGUUGGGCCUGCUUAGACUACACAUCACGACUGUUGACCUCUCUGCCACUAAUGAUUUGUGAUUUGUAAAUAACAAUAAAUGUAAGUGUUUUGUCAUAUGAAAAAAGAUAUAUGCAAUGUUACAAUUCGAAUGAUAAAGAAAUCAUAAAUAAUCUGCAAAGUGAAAAAUAAAAAAAAAAUACAAACAUG